CGCUGUGACAGGUGCUGGAGGAGCUAGAAGACCUUCUAAAACAGGUGUCGGAGCCGAGGAUAUAAAGCCAGGUAGUGACAGGUGUCACCCUCACUCAGCCAUCUGUACAGAUGAGGUCGUUGCGUCUGCUGCUUUUGGCACUGGUGGUGGCCAUGCAGGAUGUGAGUAGUGUGUGGCCAUGGUGCCCGGACGGCUGGAUACAUUACGAGUCUAUCUGUGUGUGGGUGAGCUCUGAGAAGACCGUCUGGUGGAAGGCUUGGGACAACUGCACAGCUCUCGGCAGUCACCUGGCCUUCAUUGAAACUGAGGCCGAGAGUAACACUCUAACAGGAAUAUUCGUAGCCCUGGACAUUGAGUCAGUGUGGAUUGGACUGAACGAUCUGAAUGUCGAGGGAAGCUUUGUCUGGGCUGACCAGGAACCUGUAACGUAUACCAAUUACUUCGUCGGAGAGCCAAACCGGAACGGGUCAGGUAGAGAGGAGCGCUGCGUAGCCAUCAGGAAGGACUAUGGCUAUAAGUGGAGUGACGAGUACUGCUUUGAUGAGAGACAAUUCAUCUGCCGCAUGGAUAUCUAGGACCAUCUGAGGACCACCUGAGGACCACCUGGAGGACCACCUGAGGACCACCUGAGGACCACCUGAGGACCACCUGAGGACCACCUGAGGACCAUCUGAGGACCAUCUGAGGACCAUCUGAGGACCACCUGAGGACCCUCUGGAGGACCACCUGAGGACCAUCUGAGGACCACCUGAGGACCACCUGAGGACCACCUGAAAACCACCUGAGGACCACCUGAAGACCAUCUAAGGACCACCUAAAGACCACCUGAGGACCAUCUGAGGACCAUCUAAGGACCACCUAAAGACCACCUGAGGACCAUCUGAGGACCACCUGAGGAUCAUCUGAGGACCACCUGAAGACCACCUGAGGAUCGCCUGAGGAUCACCUGAAGACCACCUGAGGACCACCUGAGGACCACCUGAGGGCCACUUGACGACAGCCUUGAAGACAGUCUUGAAGACCAUCUAAAGACCAUCUAAGAACUACCUGGCAGUUUUAGAACCUCCUAAAGGAUACCCGACAACUUUUUCAAGACUACACGAUGAGUAUCUGAAGACCCGAAGACCACAGUGGCCCUCGGUCUACUAUGAACACCAAUACACCUUCCUAAUUAUCAUAGAGGGCACGAAUUAGAGUCCAUAGUGUGUACGAAACAGAGGUCAAAGUGUGCACGAAAUAGAGUACAUUGUGUGCACGAAACAGAGUCCAUAGUGUACACGAAACAGAGUCCAUAGUGUGCACGAAACAGAGUUCAAAGUGUGCAAGAUACAGAGUCCAUAGUGUGCACGAAAUAAAGUACAGUGUGUGUACUAAAUAGAGUCCAUAGUGUGCAAGAAACAGAGUUCAUUGCGUGCACAAAACAAAGUCCAUAAUGUGCACGAAAUAGAGUCCAUUGUGUGCACUAAUAUAGUCCAUAGUGUACACGAAACAGAGUCCAUAGUGCGCACGAAAUAGAGUAUAUUGUGUGCAAGAAACAGAGUCAAUAGUGUGCACGAAAUAGUCCAUAGCGUGCACGAAAUAGUCCAUAGCGUGCACGAAAAAAUACGAAACCGCAAUGUGCACGUAAAUGGUAUGAGGAACCACAAGACGCCACGCACGUAAUGCACGACCCCGCUACAUGCACGUAUAUGGUGUGACUCACGUUAUGCACGUAAAGUUUGCGAGCAAUCAGAUGCACGGAGAAAGAUGCGACCCACUACAUGCACGGAGAUGUGACCCAACACGUGCACGGAGAUGUGACCCAACACGUGCACGGACAUGUGACCAAACACAUUCACAAUGUGACCAACACAUGCACAAUGUGACCCAGCACAGGCACAGAGAUGUAAUAUAACACAUGCGCAGUGUGACCCAACACGUGCACAAUGCGACCCAACACAUGCACAAUGUGACCCAGCACAGGCACAGAGAUGUAAUAUAACACAUGCGCAGUGUGACCCAACACAUGCACAAUGCGACCCAACACAUGCACAGUGUGACCCAACACGUGCACAAUGUGACCCAACACAUGCGCAGUGUGACCCAACACGUGCACAAUGCGACCCAACACAUGCAGUGUGACCCAACACGUGCACAAUGUGACCCAACACAUGCACAGUGUGACCCAACACAUGUGAAGUGUGACUCAACGCAUGCACAAUGUGACACAACACAUGCACAAUGUGACACAACACAUGCACAAUGUGACACAACACAUGCACAAUGUGACACAACACACGCACAAUGUGACACAACACAUGCCCAAUGUGACACAACACAUGCACAAUGUGACACAACACAUGCACAAUGUGACACAACACAUGCACAAUGUGACACAACACAUGCACAAUGUGACCCAACACAUGCACAGUGUGACCCAACACAUGUGAAGUGUGACUCAACGCAUGCACAAUGUGACACAACACAUGCACAAUGUGACACAACACAUGCACAAUGUGACACAACACAUGCACAAUGUGACACAACACAUGCACAAUGUGACACAACACAUGCACAAUGUGACACAACACAUGCACAAUGUGACACAACACAUGCACGGAGAUGCGGAUGUAAAGGCUAUAAACAACACACCAUUUAACCUCCUAGAACACUAUUAUUAUUAUUAUUAUUAUUAUUAUUAUUAUUAUUAUUAUUAUUAUUAUUAUUAUUAUUAUUAUUAUUAUUAU